AGAAGAAGAAAAUAAAUAAACUCAAAUAAACACAUUCUUUUCCUGAAGAAAAUUAACUUUUAGAAUGGGUAUCCCUGGACUAACAACGUAUAUAUCGAAUGAUUCAGAGCGUUAUCUCGAAUAUUACGCUCUACAUGACAGUUAUUUAGUAAUUGACGGCAAUAGUGUGUGUUGUCAAUUAUAUACUUGGUAUGCGAGAUGUAAUUGUGCUUUUGGUGGUGAUUAUGACAAGUAUGCGCAUUGUGUGAGAGAUUUUUUCGAUAAACUCCUAAGAUGCAACAUCACUCCACUAGUUUUGAUUGAUGGUGGUUGUGAAGACAAGAAGUUGAAAACAGUUAUAUCUCGAACUAAACAGAAGAUUGAGAUUGCAUCAAGUUAUACUUUAUCUUCUCAGCACCGGACCAAAUUUCUUCCUUUACUUAUGAGAGAGGUCUUCAAAGAUAUCAUGAAAGAAAAAGGCAUUAGAUAUGCGCAGUGUAUAUUUGAAGCAGACAAUACCAUAGCUGCGAUAGCACGCAUUCUCAAUUGUCCUGUAUUGAGUUAUGAUUCUGAUUUCUAUAUUUAUGGAUCGUUAUACAUACCAUUCAAUACAUUGGAAACUGACAUAGUGCCUAAUCCGACAGGCAGGGGUUACAUAAAACGCUGUAAAAUUUAUUGUGUUGAUAAACUUUUCCAAGUUUAUUAUGGAUUAAACCAGUCUUUAUUGCCCUUAGCAGCAGUAUUACUAGGAAAUGAUUAUGUGAAGCGGCAUAUGUUUAAAAACUUCUUCCGUGAUCUGCCACGAUCAGGAAGGAGGAGAUAUAACAAUGAACAACAACGACGUAUAGACAUGACAUUUGAUUGGCUACGAAGACGCAGUUUAAAUGAAGCUGUUAUAGGAAUACUAAGAAGAUUACGAAAACAAGAACGUAAACAUGUUUUAAAUACAAUAGAAACGGUAAUAAAUAGUUAUAUCAAUGCACCAUUGAGUGUAUUACAUACGCUAAAUAUUCCUGCAGAAAUCUUUUCGAGGGCAAAUAUGCAGAAUAUGUCCAAGAUUUAUAAAUUUGAAGGAGAUAUAUAUAAUUUGACAUUUAUUGACGAAAGAACAAAUGAUACAGAGCUAAGUGAUGGGGAGGAAAUAGAAGACAGAGAAAUAACAAACAUACUUGAAGAAAAGAAGUUGAUUUCUAAUGAAUCUUUGGUUGACAAUUUACCUCAGUGGUUUAUUAAUGAAUUUAAACAAAGUAGAUUUCCUUCCUAUUUUAUAGAUUUAAUAAUAAGGAAGUUAUAUGUUUGUCCUGCACAAAUUGAAGAUUCUUCCUGCAGUUCAUCUAUUGUUGUAAGUUUAAAAAUUAUAGGUGUUAUUUAUGGAUUAUUGAUAUCAGGAGUUCAAGGAAGGAAGUUCAAUAUGGAAUAUAUUACCAGAGAUGAAAAUAAGAAAAUAAAGCGUUAUCAAUUGGAGUAUAGCGACAAUAUAUUUGGUUGUAAACUACCUCCUUUACUCAAUUUAAGAGAAGUAUCCAUUGUCAUCAGAAGAGAAAUUUUAAAUACCACUUUGACAAUCUUUAAUGCAAAACAUAUGAAUGAAAUUCCAUCAAUUUGGAUGUUAUAUAUUGUCACCAUGAAGUAUUGGAUUGAUCAACAAGAGGAACCAUCUAAAUUCAAUUGUCAUGUAUAUUCUUUAUUAUUUGCUUUGUUAUUUAACUUAAUAGAUUGUAAUAUAGGGUUUUAUAGAAUCUUAAACAAAUUCUAUCAGAGAUUUAAUAGAACUGUAGACAAUAUUCGACACGAAAGAAGAAUGAGAAAUUAUCAACCACAGUAUUCAAUUGAUGCUACACUUGCAGAUGCCAUUCGCGAAGUUGAUGCUAACGACUGCUUAAUUGCAGCUCCAUUCUUUAUAUCCAAUUUUGAAGUAGAUCAAAAACUGCAUUUGCAACCGAAAAAAUUUAAUAUCACAAUUGUUCAUGGUUUUGCAGAGUUUCAAAAUUGUUUGAGGCAUAGCAUGAACUUAAAUGCAUUAUUGGGAUAUCCUUAUGAAUCAACUAGAGUUGCUAAUGUAUUCAAUGGUACAUUAUUAUAUAAUUUAUGUAGCAAUUUUAAAAAACGUGACAAUGUUGAAGCUUAUAUUAAUUUAAUUUUGCAAGAUUCCCCGAGUUUAUCGCGUCUAUUUAACAUACUUUUAUUAAAAGUCAAACUUUUGUUUAAUACUGCACUGGAAAAUAAAGUCGAUAGUUGUAAGAAGCAAAAAGUAAAAAGAUAUAAAAAAAAGAAAUGUAUUUCACACGAAGAAAAUCAUGAAGAAGAAAAUCCACCACAAGAAAGCACCAGCGAAGAAUUUUACGAUGUAAACAAUUCAUUUUCUGUACUUGGUACCAUACGGCAUUAGGCCUUUUAUUGUAUUAUAAUUAAAUUGCGUAAUUGCGUCUUUACUACUA